AUGGAAACUUUUGCCAAAGUCGCAGUCGAGGGGGUGAAACCAGUCUUUGAUCUGGGCUUGGGGCAAAUAUCUGCGCACACCUUGACGUGGAAGGUUGUUCAAAUCGGACUGGUAUGCGGUCUCCUGGUUGGUGCGGCUGGUGGACUAUUCAUGAUGAAGAAGAUUGCCUUCAAAGUCAUGGAAUACGAGAAUAGUCAUUUCAGAUCCAUGAACCGUUAUCAUGAACCGUAA